GUCGAAAAUAGUUACAGAAGAAUGGCGACUUGGCAACGACAAGCAGACCUCCCGUGAAAUCGAGUUUCGAUCGUUAAUACGGUUACCUUACAAAAGAAUGCAAUGGACUGGUAACUGACUCAAGUCUUGACGCCUUGGUGUUUUUUAAAAUACAUAGCCAUUAAGGGCACGAUCAUGUCGUCUCUUAAGCAGCCGCUGUCUCCCUGUGUGAUACCUCUCUUAAAAGACUCCCAGCAAACACCUGCAAAGACGCCACAUGCUCACAUCUCCAAGUAUGCGGACCCCAAGCUGCUCUCGUCUACGUGGGCUUUGGAUAUCAGGAAGGACAUUAACCUGCAGGAAGAGAGGGGUGAAUGGCCGGACAAUUCUCUGAUCAAUGAUCUGAUCACCGAACUCAGUGCUGUAUUCAUAUCAGCGUUACAAAGGAAUAGUCGGCACCAGUGGCUGUAUCUUGCUGAGGUUUUGAGGAUUUGCUUGCCUUAUUCACAGUACCUACAGGAUGAUGACCAGCUGAGGCACUAUGUGAACAGAACAUAUUAUCAGACCAGACAAUACACCACUCCGACUGCGGGGUCAGAUCUUGAUGACUUAUUGGCCAACCUCUUCCCCAAGGCUGUACUUGCUUUGAAAUCUACUGGAGGAGAUGCCAAGGAUUACCGGAACCCUUUGACUCCUGCUCGGACACCCAACGGCUCAUCCCCGAGAUACAACCCCCUCUCAAUGUCCCUUCCAGAUGGAGCAGACCCCUAUACACUGGAACGACCUGGCGAUGAGGAGAAGCACACCCCAAGAGGCAUUAACCUGGGUCACAUACGGGAGGUCCUCCCAUCGGUCGUCAUGGAAACCACCAGACAUGAAGCUGUGUGGAGUGAAGGCCUUGGUAUGACAGCAGCAGCCAUGAAUAUUGACCUCAACGAUAAGAAACCAUCCCCUCGUAUCCCAGCACCCCCUCCAAGACUCCCGGACUCCUCCUGGAAAUCAGAAGGGCUCCCUCUACGUCAGGAAGACCUGGCCGUCAGUGAGGAUGCUGAAUCAGAACUAAGUGAGGAUAUCCCGCUAACAGGCAAAGAGGUGGUGGAGAUGUUCGGCAAAGGCCGUCACCUUGGCAAUGCCAAGUUCAUCUACCUGAAUCGUACUCCGACACGCCACUUCAUGCCGUACGAGCUCACCGUCGUUCCUAAACACAAGGCCAACCCAGAGGAACAUUGGAUUGUGUCUUGCUUUGGGAUCAUGCACAAGGUCAGAGGUAAACCUGCGGAGAGUAUGAACCUGUAUGACUGGCACAGAGAGGCGGUCUUGUGGGGCAUCCUGACGAAGAUUCCAUUCUUCAAGUAUAAUCUACUGAGGAAGACGUUCAACAGAUGGAGAUCUGGUCAGAAGCAUCAGGAGUAUUGUAACAUCCGUAAGAAGGUCCAUGAUAGUCUCCUGCUAGCUGUGCCAGGGUUCGGAGCCGCCUCCAUUCAGGUCUCUAAGCUCCUCCAGGAGCUUGGCACUGUACGCUUUCUCCCCCUGGAGCUAGACCAUUGCUUCACACUGCCUGAAUUCGAGCAUAGGACUAAAAUGAUGUACAAAGCUGGUCAGGUCAUCCUCAACAAAUUCUUCCACUUCUGUAAAUUAAUCUUGGAUAAGGCUUGCGAGGACUCCUUUGCCAUGCUGGAUUUCUGUAAACAACAGGCAAAUAAAGACAAAGCCCUAUUCUCCAAGGAAUCGCUGUUUAUCCAGAGACAGAAGAAAGAGCAAAGGGAGGCCAACCUCCUUAAAGCUCACAAUGAAACAAAGCGUCUUGGUAACUUCAUUCUUCUGGUUGAUCAGAUGCUCGUUUGCCAUCUUCUUGCUUUGACCCGGUAUAAUGUCUGUACCUUCGUCAGACACACCAUGGUGGGGACCAUAGAUGCCCCACGGGAAGCACUUUACAAAGCUAAACUGAACUUCACUAGUAAAGGGGCAUUGACUCUGCAUCCGUCCAAACAGAUGUUCUUGGACACUCUUGAUGCAACCAUCAUCAAAUUGGCUAACAUCAUCAGCGAUGCUGCUAGGCCUAUUGAAGAGGUCACUGCCGGAUGGGUCGGAAACCAGAGAGAAAGGCUCUUUCAGAAAGACGAGGACGCAGACGACGGACGAUCUGAUUCUGAAAUGUCUGUCAGAGAAGCCGCUUCCUCUCAGCGAAUUAUUUCCACCGCAGCAGAAAGGCUACAGGAACCUCUCUUGAUAGAACAGAAGACUCCUAGGAAGGAGUUUGACCAUCUCGGGGUCGCGACCCCUGAACUCUGCAAGAAGAAUGACCUCCAGGAGGACUAUGUGGUCGUUGGAGAGCGCAUGGUUGGGCAGUACAACCCACUCACUGAAGGGAGUCUGGCAGAUAGACUACUUUCUGAUGAGGAGAUAUCAUCAGCCAGAGAGCUACAAACAGAGAUCAUCGCGGCAGCCUUGGAAGAAAUCGAUACCUUCUGUGAGAACCAAUCGUGGCUUGCUGAUAUUCACCGCUUUGCUCGCAAGUGGAAUAAGGACACUGUCUUGCAGUGGAAGAGAGCUCAGGCAUACAGUAUAGAGACCAAACUCGGUGAGAUCCGCGACUGGUGCGAGCAGGUGAAGAGCGUGGACCGGAGCUUCGUGACCCAGAACGGACUCUUCCACAUCGACUGCGGGGCCAUCCAGGAGGACCUCGUCCCUCUUCUCAACAACGCGUUCAGGGAUCUUCUCAACUUCACAGCCAGCGAGGCAAAGAACCUCUCCAUGGAGUUUAUGACGGAGAUCAAGGGCGUGGUUAUGGGUAUGAAAGAGAAGAGCACUGAUGUAAAAGAUUUCGCCGACUACGCCAAGCAGUACAACAGAUAUAAGAUCAAGAUGCCUGAACUACAGAAAGAAGUAGAAUAUGUCAAGUCACUCUUUGAGGUGAUUCGUCUAAGCUAUCGUUCCCUAACCCCGGAAGAGGAAAAGUGCGAGGAAGGGGUGUGGCAGAACUGGGAGGCAUUCCUGCUACAGCUUCAGGACACUGCUGAAUUCGUCAACAUGCAGACUCCCAUUCAAAUUGGCAACCUUGACGAAGAAUACCAGCAUUUAUACAGCGAAGCCAAGAAGAUCUCCAGUGAGGCUUCCAAAGGCAUCUUCUUGGACCCGUCUCAGAAACCCAUGACGAUCUUGGACAAGCUCUCUCAGCUCUUUGGCAAGUUCACCAGGGUCAACAGCCGUAUCAAUGAGUGCAGUGAAAACAAGAUGAAGAUCACUGGUCAGAAGUACGAUGUCUCCGAGCUGACGGAGAUGUUUCAGACCAUGACCGUCAGGCACCAACUCUGGAGGUUUGUCGAAGUCUCGACGGGUGGCAUUGUGGAUUGGAAGCAGAUGUUGUUCAGAAAGAUUAAUGUGUCUAAAGCUAUGGCUAAAGUCACAGAUUGGCAACAGGCUGCGGGCCAGCUCAAACAGGUGCUGCCCCAGGGCGAUCUCGUACUGGCCCAUUGGUACCAGCUACUCUCAGACUUCAAGCAAGACUUGCCCCUGCUCCUCAAGCUUUCAAGUGACUGCCUCAAGUCUCGCCACUGGAAGUCCCUAUUCCUAGCCCUGGGCCAGGUGUAUGAGCCUGGACGACAGUACUACGUACGAGAGCUCCUGUCCUACAACCUGAGUGAACACAGCCUGCAGAUCAGCACCAUAUGCGCCGGAGCGACGGCAGAGUUCGACCUGGAGCAGAAACUGGUCAAGCUGAGGAAGGUCUGGGAGGAGAAGGAAUUCAAGCUUGCCAAGUACCUCGCACCAGGGAAAGAAACGUUUGAUUUUGAGCUACCAUCGAGUGAUAAGAAAGAUGGAAAGAAGGCCAAAUCUGAUAUGUACACAUUAAUUGGACAUGAAGAAUUGAAAUACCUGUUAGAGGAUAACCAGUUGACCCUUCAGAGUAUGCUCGUGUCCCCUCAUCUUGCUGACCUUCGACCUGAAGCCGAUUCCUGGGCGUUGACCCUGAGGCAGGUUGAGGACAUGCUGGAGCUAUGGACAGUCUGUCAGAAGAAGUGGUUGUACCUGAGCCAGGUGUUUUCAGAUGAAGUCGUAGGGGAGAACCAGCCAUAUCUAGCCAAGCAGUUUGAAGGUGUAGACGAAAAAUACCAGGAGUUUAUUACGGCCGUGGUUGAAGACCCCAAGGUCUUGUCUAUUCUGAAUAGACGGAAAGGAACCAAGGGCUUCAGAGAGUUGCAGGGUGACAAUCUGACCAUACUACUCAACAGUCUCAUAAAAAUCCAAGAUGACAUUCUCGCAAACUUGGACCCGUUCUCGGCCACCAAGUACUCCAUUGAAACGGCCCGUAGAAAGUACCCUAGGCUGUGCUUCCUCAGCAACCAUGAGCUCAUCGAUCUCUUCUCGAAUUUCAAGGAUAGGCAGAGAUGGAUCCCUCAAGUGAGGGCUCUGUUUCCUGGAGUUCGUCAUUUAGACUUCGAGGCUCCGACCAGUUCAGAAGACGGCAUGAGUGCGCUUGAUCUGCUUUUGAAUUCUGACAAGCUUGAGGCGACGGCCCUCCGUGGAUCCCUUGAUGAACGUCUGAGCCUGAUCACUCCCCUACCGUCCAAACCAUCUCCUCCUGCCUGGCUCAGUUCACUGGAGAUCGCCAUCAAGACCACCAUGGGGAAUACACUUCACUCCUGCCUCGAAUCAAGGCUAAGAGAAGGCAUCGUAACUGGAGAUAUCCUGUCCGAACUGAGCUCUUUAGACCGCAACCCUUCCGCAGACCCCGACGUGGAGGCUCAACUAAAGAAGGCUGUUCGGGAGAGCUUCUGCCAGUGGCUGCUGCGUUUCCCAUCACAGUGUGUCCUCACCGGAGAGGGAGUGCUCUGGAGUAGGGACGUGUUGCCUGCCGUCAGGAAGGGUGAUCUGAAACAGCUUACUCAGAUUAGGGAUAAUCUGCAGAGACGUCUCGACCAGUACAGCCUGAUCUUGAGGGAGAAUAAUCAGAAUCCAGUGACCUCGGAGGCUUCGGCUCGUCUCCAGAUUCUGGUUGGUUCAUUGAUCGAGCAGGGCAUGCACCAUAGAGACAUCGUAGAAGAUUUGUUAGCAAAGAAAGAGCUUUCUGAUAGAGACUUUGACUGGAGGAAGGUGCUGCACUAUGACAUGGACUUCAAGACGGUGCUCUGUGCUCAAUCCGUGGUUGAUCCAGACCAGGAGACUGGCAGGAAGAGCGAAGCGGUCAAGUCUGUGAUAACCACAACUGAUGAAUUCUCCACCAUUACAGAUAAACCACAAACACGAGAAGCUGCUGGACCUAGAACCAAAACUGUUGUCGGGACCGGCUUUGCGUUCGGCCCUCUGCGGGUGUGUCAACUAGGAGCUACUUUCCCAUAUGACCAUGAGUACCUCGGACCCGGUCCUCGCCUGGUGGCCACUCCGCUGACUGACCGGUGCCACAUGAGCCUGACCAAUGCUAUGAGGCAGAGGCAGUGUGGUGCGGUCAUCGGUCCUAGCGGGGUGGGCAAGACGGAAACGGUCAAGGAGCUGGCUAAUUUUAUGGGCCAGAAUGUAGUUACAUUGGAUUGUGCUGUGGACAGUAGUAUCGUGACGGUAGGUAGGUUCCUUUCGGGCGCUGUUCAGAGUGGAUCUUGGUUGCUCCUAGACAACGCAGAUAGACUGACACAUGGUCUUAUGGCAGUAGUAAGCCAACAGUUGGAGUAUCUUUGCCAUGCUUAUCACAUUCUCCAAGACACGAACUGCCUCUACAGUAAGAGAGGAGCCUGCAAACAUGACUACAAGAAUCCUGAACCUACAAGUCCAAAGAGAAGGCACUCCUUAGCAACCCUUCAUUCCUCUCAAGUACGCGACGACAGCCAAACCCGACGACCAACAAUAUUCCCAGCUGCUACAAAUGAGAAGCACGGGCCAUCUAAGUUUGACGAUGUGUUCGGAGAUUACGAGGAAGAAUGCGAAGUGGGUCAGUUUGGGAAGCGACGUCACUCCAUCUCUAGAUCUCAGUACACCCCGGAGGAUCACUACGAUAGUGACGUACCAACCGUACCCCUAUUUGUAGAGAUGCAAGGUCCCGCUAUGAUAAGGCGGCCAGCAUCUCGGGACAGCCUCACCGAUUCACCGGAGUUCAGUCCCCUGCAGCAGUGGACAUACAAACCCGAGAACUGCGGCUACGUCAGCUUCGAUUCCAGGAUGGUCCUGGCCAACGUCAACUACAACUGCUUCAUGACGAUCAACACAGGAGAUGCCCUUGCUCACCCCAUUCCGGAAAGCCUCAAGAACACCAUGAGGCCUGUUGCCAUGGUAAAACCAGACCUGAGUAUUAUUCUGGAGACUGUCCUGAUCUUUAAUGGCUUCCAGGAAGCACCCAUGCUUGCUGUCAAGCUCUGUCAGCUCUCCAAGAUGGUUCAGCAUACGUUCCCUGAAGAACCCAUCUAUCAGCUGAGUGUUGGAAACCUGAAGGGGAUCAUCCAUCUGGCCACCUCCAGACUCUACUCAAAGAGAAGACGAUAUCAGCUCUCAGCCAGGAGCAGUGGCAAUGACAUGUCCAGGAUUAGCAGUGAAGAAGUGAUUGAUCCUGUUUCAGGGGACGACCAGGACUUCAUUACUGGUCUAGAGGAAGACGAUCUCCACCGAGAAGAAUGCGCACUGGUCUUUGCCCUUCAGCUGUUCCUGACCCCACGCAACCGCUCCGUUGAACACUCCACCAUGCUGAGGAACAUGCUGCGGAGCCUCUUCCCCUGGGGCAUGGGCAGCCUGGGGAGGGGGGUGGGGGCGGAGCAUGACCCGGUGCUGGUGGACGCCAUCCAGAGCCAGUUUGUGGCCGAUUGUCUCCAGGCCACUCCCCUCCAUGUAUCCAAGGUGCUCGAGUUGUACGAGUCGCUGCGGUACAAGUCUGGCGUUGUCCUGGUGGGCUCGGCAGGGAGCGGCAAGACCGUGUGCUACCAGACCCUGUGUAGGGUUCUCAACAGUCUUCAAGCUAAUCCCCCCACUCCCGACGAGGGACCCACUGCUCCAAUGCAUGGACCUAAAGUACAGGGUUUGGAGGGAGUUCCACGUCAUCAGUUGUCCCAGCCGAUGGAGCGCUUGCGACGUAAGGCAGAGGUGGUGUCCUUCAUGACCCUCCACUGGAUGGACACUGCAUCCCGUGGAGCUGAGAAGCCUUCCUACCCGAGAGUGGAUUCCUCCGUUAUCUAUCCAGCUACCCUCUCGAUGAAGCAGCUGAUUGGUGAGUUUAACGUCGCCAGGCACCGAUGGCGGGACGGUCUGGUCACGUCCCUGAUCUACGGCUCCGGUCAGUCCAUGCAGACGGCCGAAGAGAUGCAGAGAGAACUGCAAGAGAACAAGAAGAAGAACGCCACCAAAGGGAUGCUCAACCCGCCGACGGUCAUAAAGAAGUGGGUUGUCAUGGAUGGGGUGAUUGACCCCCGGUGGGCGGAGACCCUGGCCGAUCUGAUUGGUACCGGGCGUGGCAUGGUCGGUGGUAGCGGAAGCACUACGUUGCCCAGCGGCGAAAGGUUGCCAAUGCCAAACUGUACAUCACUUAUAUUUGAGACUAGCACAGUGACCAAUGCCUCUCCGGCCACUAUGGCUAGGUGUGCGGUCAUCCAUUUUGGCACCAGUGUGGUCAGCUGGAAGUCCCUGGUCGAGUCCUGGAUUUCAGGGGCGCAGUCAUGCUGGGAGGUUAGCAACAAUAGUUUGCAGCUUCUGCAGAACCUGAUGGACGAUACCUUCGCCCGCACCCUGGACUUCCUGUCCAACACCCACUGCGUCCCCGCCUUGGAGUCCGACCUGCCCAGGACCGCCGAGUCCUGCCAGGCCACUGGGGUCGGCAUCAAGGAGGUCGGGUCGUUCCUACGCAUUCUGACCGCCCUGUGUGACCAUCAUCUUGUCCGGGAGAGUGGCGAUGGGAACGCUUCUCCGGCUACCAGUGACAAUAAGCUUGAUGAGCGAAAGACUCCUCGCCCCACCCCCACACCCACCCCAUCCCUGAGUGUCAGUAGCAUGACAAGACAUACAGCAAACAAGACCACGCUACUCACAUCCAUGUUUGCUUUUGCCUAUGUUUGGGGAUUCGGCGGCCACCUACACGACAGGCACACUGAGAUGUUCGAUCAGUUUGCCCGUCAGCUUUUGGGUCGUGCGACCCAUGACAUCAUCCUUCCUCCAGAAGGCACUGUUUAUGAUAUCCACAUCGAUGCAACCCUUGGAAUCUUGGUGUCUUGGGCGGAUACGAACAGAGAGAAGAUGAGGACAAUCAGUGCUAACUUUGUUGUCACUCCUGAGGCCGAGAGAUAUUUUCAUUUACUAGAUAUCCUGGUCGGAGCAAACCAACCUGUUCUCUUGACGGGAGCUCCAGGAAUUGGUAAAACAUCGCUCAUUCAGAACAUGGUUCAGCAGAGACACCACUUCCUCUCCAUGGCCAUGUCUCCCGUCCUGGGCUGUGAGACCAUGGAGAAGAUGAUCGUCGGCAAGCUGCGACCCCGCAGCGUGGUGAACGUCAGCUCGCAGCCGACCAAGCCGGGCCAAAUACCCACCAAUCCUCUCUUCUUCAUCGACGAUCUGAACUGCGCCGGCAUGGAGAAGACAACAGGAGAACAACCCUGUCUUGAGCUUCUCCGUCAGCUGAUGGCUGAGGGCAGCAUAUACCAACGUGACAGCCUGUCACACUACUCGCUAGAGAAGACCAACUUCAUCACCGCGUGUUACCCCCCGGGGACGCAGGGCGUCGGGAGCGGCACCUCUUGCCACAGCCUCAGUUCAAGGCUCUCCAGGCUGUUUGUUGUCCUGUCUUACUUUACGCCCUUGGCCGAGUCCCUCAACCUGUUGCAUGCUGGGAGUCUUCAGAGCUGGCUGGAGGAGUUUCCUGCCUACUCUCUCAACCACCACUAUGAACUUGCUCAGGCAAUCGUCAAGGCCACCAUCCGUCUGCACUCUCUGAUCAAGAGACAGCUGAUGACGAGCCCCGUCAAUCCCCAUUACGUCUUCUCCCUGCACGACGUCAACCGCAUUGUCCAGGGCAUGUUCCUAAUGGCCAACAGGUCAGGCAGGUCAAAGGGCAGGCAUGGACGGAGAGGUGGAGGUCAAAGGUCACAGGCUAAAGGAAAUUUGCAUGAUGACCUUUGUAAAAAAAGAGGAGCACACUGAACUUUCAAGGAAACGAUGAAUGUAUAUUUGUACAUCGGGGGCCCGUUUCAUAAAGGACUUGCAACUGUUGGAACUUUG